GGCGCGAUGCAUUAUUUACAAACCACGUUUGGAAAUAAUGAAAAGACAGUUUCGGUUGAGGGACGAAGAAAAGCUAAACUAAUACAAUAAUGAGCUUUGUAUGACAUCUGCUGUUCAUUAUUUUAAAAGCUGAUGUGUAUUUGUGGCCACUAGAGUCAAAAAAUUUUAAUGCCAAGUAAUACUUUUUCUCUCCGCCAAGGACUAAAACCGCGGGAUAAACUCAGGGAUAAACCGUUCUUUCCAAGAUGAUAAAUACCAGCGUAGUUGUGGAGGAUAAUCAAGUUGUCAGGCUUAUUCUCGAGUUUUUGGACUCUAGAAAACUUCACAACACCAUGAGAACGCUUGAGAAAGAAGCAGGAAUUGUUAACUGUGGUUUUUCGGAUGAUAUUCUGUUUUUACGAGACCUUGUUCUUGACGGCGAAUGGGAAGCUGUCUUGAUCUUUGCUCAGCCAUUUGAAGGCAUCGAUGGUUUCGAUUCCAAGCAAUUCCGUUACCUUGUUUUGAAGCAGAAAUUCAUGGAAGUGCUUUACUUUAAGUCAGGUUUCGGUGGAAAUUCAACAAGCUACUCAAUUGAGGAUCUGAUCAAGUGUCUUAAUCAACUGGAGGAAGAUUGCCCGUCCAAAACUGAAUAUGGCAAGUUGUGUUGGCUGUUAACUGUUCCAAAUUUAUCUGAACAGUCGGAGUAUCACGACUGGAACCCCGCCACCGCCCGGCUAAACUGCUUUGAGCAGCUGCUCGAUAUACUCAAGAAGGUUAUUCCCCUAGAAAAGAAAAGUUUAAAUGGAAAAUUGCCAAGGACAUUGACCCCUAUAAAAGAGCGGUUAUUGCACUUGUUAAUUAAAGGAUUGUGUUUUGAAAGUUGCGUUGACUACUGUCAGUUGCGUGCAAUCAAUGGUAGUAUUUCACAAGACCUUCAUGUCUGUGUAGGAGACAACAUUUUAAAUGGACCAUCACAGGAAAGCUCCGGCAAUUUUUUGUCAUGGCUACAAAAUCUUGCUCAGGAAGCUUUUAUUACUCCGUUUGAACCAGUGAGCUUAGAAGUUGAUUUGAAGAAAGUAAAACAAGCUCCAAAUAUUGUAUUUCACAAGUCUCCCAAACGAGAUGAUGCAGAGAUUCUUUCAAGGAGCUUAUCUCUUUCUGGAAGGCCAGCUACUGCAGAUAUUGCUUCACAUCUGUCUGCGUUAGCAGUGGAAAAACAUAGGACUGCAAUAUCUGAUAACCGGCCACAUUCCACACAGCCUCCCAAGGGAGUUUCACGUUCAUAUAAUGAAUUUCACUACAAAAGUACAAUUCCUGAUAAAAGACCACUUGCUAAUGCUGGUGAGAAUGGAUUCUCUCAUGACAAACCUGUUACACAAGAGCAAAAUGAGCAAGGAAAGUCAACACUUGAUUCUGCACCUAACAUUACUUCCGAUAAUAUUGUUCAUCAAAAUCAUCAGCUAAUUACUAGUGCAGAAAAUCUUGUAGAGCCAAGCAGAGAUUCUGAAGAUAUUCAUGCUCUAAAAGAGAAACAACAGCAGGAACUGCAGGAGCAAUUAGAAGCAUAUCAAAGGCAUAAACAGGGGCUAGAGAGACAGCUUCUUGAGUUGUCUUUGACAGAAACAUGGAGAAAAGCUAAUGGUGAAGAAUCAUCUACAGAUGAAAUGCCUGGCAAAAGACCGGAAUCAAGUGGAUCUUUUAGAAAUAUAAGAAAUGAACAUUUAUCCAGAAAUGAUGACUUAAAACAUUUUCAGGAACAUAAGCACCACAAGACAAAUGAAGUAUUUACUACUGAUAAUCAUGACCUGUUGAAUGCAAAUUCUGCCCAAGAUGUAAAUGCUGUAAACCUAAAUCCAAAGUUUGAACACCAGAACUCCAGUAGUUUCACAGUCACACAGAGUAUGACGUCAACUCCAGCAAGAAGAAUCAAAGGUAAACCAAAGGACUUGAAGCUAGGAGAGACCAAAGUUGACAGUACAGUUGCAGAUGCAAUACCUGUCACUCCAGCAGAGCAAACAUUUCCCAACACCCCCUUAGUAAAUGGACCUGCAAUUCUGAGUGCAGGUCACUGGGUGGCACUGGCUGAUGGCUCUGGAGUUCUCAACACCAGGUGAGUGAUUAUGAUCAUAGCAGGUAGACUCCAUAUUGUACAGGAAAGUGUUGGGGAUCAGCUGAGAUUUCAUAAUAUACCUACAGAAAAUCAGAUUGACGCACCUGAACAAUCAUCCAGGGCUGUCAGUAAGACUUCGAGUUGCAGGUUAAUACAGCAAGUAGGUGGGGAAUCAAACAGCUAGGGAUUUCUUUUGCUUCUAAGUCGCUGGGGACCACGUUCUUCGUUCUUAGUAGCCAGGGGAAAUCUCUGGCCUCCGCCUCUUAAUGAUAGCCCUGAUCAUCAAUAAUUAUGGUUGGAAAAAUCUCUAUAAGAAUAUUUUAUUCCAUUUAGGAUGGUUGCUAGGGCAAAUAGCCAACCACUGGAUUCCCCGCCAAAUGACAUGAGGAAUGAGUGUAAAGAUUCCAUAUUUAUGACUGUCACUUCUCAGAUCUGGGUGGUGCUUCUGAUUCAUUGUUCUGCAUCGGAUAUUUGUUUCAACCAAUCAGAAGCACUUCCCAGAUCUAGGUAGUGUCAUGCUAUGGAUCAGUAUGGAAUUUCUGGGCUUGUUUCUCAGAUGUCAUUUUGCAGGAAAGCUAGUGGUGACGUCACAAAAUGUUGGCUGUUUUCUCAGGCUAUUUAGGAGGGUCCUGCCUGAGUUUGAUUCUCAUUUGGAGCUCCGAAUAUUUUCUGUGUUUGCGGGUGAUCAAAUUGUCUUCCUUCUUUAAUUAUGAGACCAUUAAAAAGACUACGUAAGUUUUUAAUGAAUAUGUUUAUUUGCCAACAAAAAUAUUUAUUUUUUUCCCACAAGAGUCAGUCAAACAUUUUAUAUAAUCACUUAUGGCAAUGCUUUAAGAUUUCAAUCAAUGAUCAGCACAAAUUUUAUUUUUCUCUGUUUUUUUUAUGUUAAUGUACAGCAAGGAGUUGGAAACAAAGGAAAAUAAAAUUAAACCAAGGAAUAAACUGGACCACAACAAAGUUAUUCCUUAGGGAGAGUUGACAAAUGAAUAAUGCUAUAAGCUUGACAGACUCUGUCAUCAGUUCAAUGUGGUUGGGUUACAAGAAAUGUUGUGACUUUUUACCACAUAAAUGGAUCACAUUGAUGCUCACUUAUUUUUCUUGGCUUCCUUUUCUUCGUAGUACACCCAAGGCUACACGACAGGGGAUGACAUCAACUCCUGCUCCACCCGCCUCUCCUGUGCUGUCUGUGGACGGCACUACUCCGCGUGGUCUUAGUGCGAGUAAGGCAGUGGAUGGACCUAAUGUUGUUACAAAGAUUGGUGGAACUGCAGGUGAACCGCCUAUGCCAUCUGAUGUGGUCAAGGUAUUCUCAAUCUCUCUCUUUAAUUAUAAUGUGAUGUUCCAUUUAUUAUUUAUCCCUUAUUAAUCAUUUCUAAAUGUACAUGAUUUGUCUGACCAUUUAAUGUUUUCAGCUGUCCAUGUACAGUUUCUGUUCAAGCAUAUAAUGCCUUAAGCUAUCCAUUUAAUUAAUUAAUUAAUUAAAUUAAUAUUUAUUUUGCCAAACAAAGAAAGAAAGUGGCGAGGAAACCUUUAAUAUAGGCCACAAGGCUUAUAACAUAAGGCUUCCUCAAUUACAACUCAUGAUGGCUACACGUGCACAGUUAUGACAAUUAAUUCCAGAAGAAUGGAUGAACAUACAGUAAAUGGGUAACAACAAUCAGUGUGUAAAUUAAUAAAUGCUAAAAUUACAGCAAACAUAUAUUACAAAUGACAAAUAUUGUAAUUAGAGGACAGGUAAAACUACUCUGAUAAUGAAACUAUUCAGUUCUUCUUGACUAAUAGCUGUUAAUAAUAUACUUUUUCAGACUGUUUUUCCCUUCUGCUUUACGGAUUGUGCAAUCCAUUUUGGGACAUUGCUCUACCGUUUAACGAUUUUGGUUUUCCAUUUAAAUGGAUAUGCAAACCGUUUAAAUGGUGUAUUUGUCCAUUUACUAUCCAUGUACAAUCUGUUUAUUUUUACUGGUUUAAUGGUAAAGCAUCAGUGCAACCAUUUAUGAACAGUUGUUGUUGCAUUUACCUCAUGAUGCCAAAUACAAUUUGCAGUUUAACCUCCAUUAACACACCAAAAGUUUGAAGCUGUUAACAUGCUUUUGAUCAGUGAGUUUCACUCAUUAUUUAGAAAUGACUUUUUCCACUUCUUGGGAGAGGGUCCAUUAUUAGAGUCAAAUUUCACUUUGACAUUAAAAAUUGAAAACUUUCAAUAUUAGUCAUAUUUUAAGUAAUGUGGACACAGAAUCUUAACCAAAGGCAUAAGUUCACAUGCAAAAUCCAUUGGCAGCUGUUGGCUUCAGUUGUUUGUGCUAAGGUAGUUUUGUUUUCCAUUUUCUGGAACAUUUUCUUGUUCAGAAUCAGCACUCUUACUUUUGGGAAAAUUUCUUUUUGGUUUUAUAUUUUCAGAGCAUUUUUACAUCAGAAUAUACUGUCUUGUCAUGAAUGUUCUGUCAAGCAAAUUUAAGUCAGGUCUGGAAAUGAUGUCCUGAUGAAACUGCUGGUCAUUUGGACACAAGUUUGAACUACAGGAUAGUCAUCUUCAUUUAAUCUUUCUUGACUUGCUCAAAAACUGCAACAUCCAUCAAGAAUAUCAGUUUUGUAAGAUUUGCUUAUGAGGUGUAGAUGCGUUCUAGGAACAGUUUUGCUUUUUGUUAAAAAUAAGUAUCUAAUCAACUCUUUAUCUUUUGAUUAAAGGCACUGAAAAAAGCCAACCUGUUGAACUGACUGAGUUGUUUUGUGAUGUUAUUCUGAAUUUGAGGCACCCUUUCUCUUCUAGUAGAGGUUAAAGAAAUAAAUUCAUAACUUUUUUGAAAAAUAAGUACUAAGAUUUAAAUGGUACAUUUAAAUGGUAAAAGAUCUGAAAAAGAGGUUUGAUUUGAAUGGUAACAUCAUACAUAGGAUUCUGUUCACAGACUAAGUGAAGAAUCAACUUGCCAUAAUCUUGUGAAGGAGCAAAAGAGUUAACUGUGACAAUUAAUUUCCAAGCUUACGAGCUGUGGUUUUCUACUAUUUGCUCUGUGAAUUGGCUUUUCUUUAUGACUCUGAUAAAUCUCUCAAAUGGUUUGAAAUUUGAAAUCUUCAGUCAAGUUUUUCUUUAAGCUCAUUGUGAAGUGCUCUUGAGAUAAAAUCCCUGUGUAUUUAAGUUGCCACUGGACAACUCAUGCUUGUGGUUAAUCAACAAGAGAUGAACUCACUCCUCUUCACACCUGCAUAGCUUUGAGCCCCCAAUGACAUCAUAUCUGUUUUGAUGUAAUUUUUAAAACCCCAGUCACUGCCUUGAAGUGUGUAGAAAGCAAGGAAGGAGUGAUUUGCAACAUAACUUUUUGCAUCUAAGCCAUUGGAGAGAAAUGCCUGUGUUUACCUUCAAAGUAAGUGAAAUAGGAUAGUUUCAAGGCUCACUGCUAAGUUAUCAGAGUGUUGCAAUCCAUGUGUGUUGUUUAUUUCAUGGUUCUUCAAAGUUUCCACACUUGACAGACCAUUAGCCAGGUCACUGGUUUAAUCACAUCUCUGCAGUGGGAAAUUGAUCAUGUCUUGCUGAGUACCCAUCAUUUCUUUGUUUGUUAUUUGUUGUGAAACCCACACUGAUCUAGGAAACAUUAUUAUUGUUUCUUCUUGGUACAAAUGGUUUUCCCUUUCCUACUGUGUUUACAAGGAGUUUUUUAAGAAUGUAUGUGUUGGAUUGUCAUUUGCUUGUCAUAACUACAUAUAUUUCACAUUGCCUUAGAGUAUGAUUAAACUUAAUUUCAUUAUCAGUCAUAUUUGCCUGGCUCAAAAACAGUCUGCUAUAUUCUCUGUUCUAACAUUUCAGUUAUUUAGAGUGCAAGACAGGGAGGGCCAUACCUCCAGUUGCCAUAUUUGUUGUGAUUCACAGUUUUGAUUGUUUUGCGGGUACCUGUGUUGUUAUGCCCCUGUCUGUGCCGACACAUUGGUGGCCACUCAUUUGUGUCAUUUCCAUUAGCUUAAACAGGUACCAGUAGUGGACAAAACCUCUGAAAUGUUCAUUUGAGCAGUUACUUCAAGAUCCUUAAAAAAAUAAUAAUAAAUGAAGCAACAGUAACUUUCUCUUGGUUAGCUACUUGAAUGUUAGACUGGUCCUGAAUUCAUAAUACUGAUGUUUUAUCAUUGUACCUGUCUGUAGCUGCUCUUCAUCAGUUUAAGUAACAUCUCUUGCUGUAAACUUAUCCUGAAGUGUGUCUUCUUGUGUUUUCAUAGAAUGAAUUUACUGAAUCAAAAUAAACUAGGUGUGGAUCUUGCUGGUUAGGUUAAGAUUCAUCGGUGUGGUGAUUAAUUUCUGUUGCUGUGGCUUUCAAGGUCAAAAAUUACAUCAUUGUGUUAAAUGAGUUGAUCAGCAAAUUUGACUGUAUGUUCAUUGUGGAUUUAGUAAUAAGGCAAUUAUUGUGCUCUUGUUAAAGCAUCUCCUUAAUGUCCUUAAAAAAGACUUGAAGAUUUGCUGAUAAAAAUGUUUAACAGCAAAACUGAUCUAUGUAACAUUGUGUUAUUUAAGACAGACUUGUGCUCUGGAUACAGUAGCGAUACUUCUGUCUACUAUAAACUAUGGAGCAGUGAUCUGUCAAUUUUUUUUGUUCAUAGUUAAUGGAAGGUUACUAUGGUCUGAGCAGUGUUAAGGAAAGUGUCAUCAUUUUAAAUUCAUAGGCAAUAAUUUAGGUUCAUUUUCAGUGAGAGUCAUUAAGAGUGUUAUCUAGACGAAUAAGACCUUUGAAGGUUUUGAAAAUGGCUCUCUUAAAACAUGAAAGGAUUGUUUUGAAAAGUACAAACUAAAUUUCACUUCAAUAAUAUUUUGCGCAAUGAACUUGUACAAGUACCCCAGUGAAAAUUGCUUUCGGUUUAGGAGAAAUUUAACAUUAUUCUUGGCUAGUCCAGUAGGUAACAACCUUGUCUUUGAAUUCAUCAUGAUUAUUUUACUAACAUGCCCAUAAAGACGUUUUUUGUGUUGCUGUUUGCGGAAAACCCUAUCAAUGUUGCUGUUUAUAGAUUUUUAACAAAGACGAUUAGGUUGAGUUCAAGUUGCUCAGGUGUAGUUACUUUGAUUCACGAUGGUAGUUAUUUAUUGAUUCCCUGUUGUGGGAUUCUUUUUGUCGGCAGCCUCCUGAAAACUUAGGCAAAAAGGUUAAAAUCUCCUCUUGAAAUUUUACUCACAGUCAAAAUACCUCAUACUCUGAAACUUGGCAGAUAUUAAUAUUAACCCUUAGAUUUAAGAAUUUUAAUUGAAAAUGGUUUUGUUGUGUUGAAAACUCUUUCUUUCUCUUGUUUCUGCCCUUAAUACCAAAAACAUAUUUACAUAGCCCGUGCAAUCAAGCAAAAAUGGCGGUUUAUUUGUAUCCCUCUAUUGGGAUGAAAAUAAGAUUAGUUUUAGUGUUUCUAGUGUGGAGGACUUUUUAUUUUGUUAAUGUUUCUAUCUUGACUACUGCUAACGUCAGAGUUCCUCCAUAACUCAGAGAUUGGAACAGCCAGCACUUUUGGCUGGAUUCUGAGGGCUCCAUGCUGUCAGGAAUUAUGAUUUUUUUUAUUUAACCUGCACAGGUGUCAUGACAUAAUAUUUGAUAUCUUUCUCAGAAUCUUUAUUUUAUUUUUAGGAUAAGGAGAACACAGACUCACUCAAUCAUCAAGCAACAGUCAAGCGAGGACCCAAAGUUAAUGGAGUACGUCGUUCCCUUGUGCCAAGUUCCAGACAAAAGGCAGGAGCUGAGGAAGAAAACAAGCAAAUAAGAAUUGCUGCUCAAGGACUUGACACCAUUGCUCAGCUCAGAUUAGGUUUUAGUGGUCAAUCCUCUGUAGGACCCCAGGCACACCCCAAUGGACAGCAAGAAAGUGUCCAACAAAGCACCAGAGUAAAUGGACAGCCUCCAAAGACUGGCACAACAUUUGUGGUGGAUGUCAGUAAGUGCUAUCAGGCUUUAUAAAGAAGUACUGUUACCCCUUUUUUCCAUGUUGAAAGUAAACAGAAACUGGAUGUGAUUGUCUUCACAAGUGAGAUUGCCUGCUUUGUUUCCACAAGGAAAAGUUAUUUCAGUCCCAUAAUAAAUCCCUUACUUAACAAGCUGGACCUCAUCUUCAUAUCUGUUAGGAAAAAGCAAACAAAGAACAAAGAGAACUUAGCAUGAAAAGCUUGUUCCACUACCCACCUACCUUUCCUUUCAUCUAAUUCUGAGAUCCUAAAAGCUUUCUGAAAACCUUUUCCCACCAAAAUGAAGCCCACUAAAUGCCCAGCAAAAGAGGAAAAACAUGAGGCAAGAAAAGCGAAAAAUGAAGGGAGGAGAGAAAGCGAAAAGUAAAAGUCAAGACUGCUGUGUCACUUUUAAACUAAAAAACUAUAUCAAAAGUUUGCUUUCUGCGCAUACCCAAACUUCGCAAGCUAAUAUUUUGCAUCUGGAUCAAAAGUUCUCGAAGUGUAUGACCUGUAAAUGGCUUUAUGGUAAGUUUUAGCUCUUUAUAGCACAACAGUGACCAGGAAACUGCUUGACUAGCUUCAAAGUGCAUUUUUCGGCAAAAUUUCCAGGGACAAAUGGUUAAACUCACGUUUUGCUACAAUGAUAAUUAUUUUAUGUUGUUAUUGUAUGACAUUGUCACAACUUCGCAUUUAGCUUCAUAUUUGACUAGUUGAAGUGAGUCUUGAGUUCAACCUGUUACACUUUUGGUUAGUAAUUAUGCACUUGUCUUUUUUGUUUGUUGAGAUUAUUUUUAACAUACCGUGAUCCUGUAGCUUUAAUUUCUUAUUUUAUGUUAAGGUUCUGCAAGAGGAGUAACAAGUGAAAAUUAUCCUCAAGGAAUAAAACACUUACACAAUGGAGCUAACAAUGAGACUCCGAAAGGUACACACAUUUUUUACUUAGAAGUAAUAUCAGUAAAAUUAUUUUUUCCCUUCCGGUUUCUCUGCAAAUGAUGUGAACAUGAAAUAUUAUCGCAAACUUCCUGCUUUGUUUCCUAAAGGUGAUCGUAUUCCAGAAUAAAAAGACACUGAAAUUUGUUGCAAAUCUAUUCAACAUCAAAGUUUUGGAUCAUUAGAAUGCUACAUUCAUCUUUAUUGUUAAUUUCCACCGCACGUCUGGAUUUUGCCAUGCAAUGAAAGCCAAAACAAGGCAUUUUAAGUAGAGUUAAUGUAUUCUUAUUCCAGAGUACAGCCAAGCGAGGGUGCCCAAAUUUUUUAUGGUUCAUGUUUGAGACUGAGCUCUGCUUCCUGGGCAACAUCUUCAUUUUAAGAUCCAAGCUUUUGCUCUUGUUUCUGCCUUUUGACAUCCUUAGUAGUUUUUCUUAAGUUCAAAUAUGAUUGUUUUUUCAUUAUCUUGUUUGCAGGAAGAGAUUCAGGAACAGUAAACACAACGUUUCGAAAACCAUCCACCAACACACCACCCAACAAUACCACAGUAACUCAUAGUAAACAAGUCCCACUGCUGGAGAAACAAAGAGAAAUCUUGGAAUACCCAUCAGAUUUAAAAUUUUACACUGUGGCCACAUUAGAGGAUGUGCAGGCCAUCAGAGCUAUAGCUUUUCAUCCUUCUGGUGAUUUAUUUGCUGUUGGUUCAAACUCCAAAACAUUAAGAGUUUGCACUGCUGAGGGUUUGCAUUCACAGCAGAGAGUAGAGAGGUAUAAAUUUUGACUUUAAAUAUCAUAAAAUUAUGUAAAAUACCAAUGAUAAAGCAGUAAAUUGAAAAAGAAUUGGUUUAACAUAAAUUUUUUUCCAGAUUUUUCAGUGGCGUAGGUAUAUUAUAUAUUAUUACUUGGAUCAGUUUUUGUGGAUAUUACAACCAAUCCCUAAGUUUCACAAAUUUAGUUUUUGUGUCGUCAUUACCUCUUCACUCUAUUGUCAUUCAAAGUUACCAUGGUAACCCCUCUUUCCAUUUUCAUACUAAUUUUUGUCUCGAUUCCCAGUUAACAGUGAUUACUGUAUUAUCUAAGAUACUGGCCUCAUUAUACAUUUCUUGUUUUACAGAAGUGUUCAUGAUCAGCCUCCACAACCAACAAUUUUGUUUAAAAGUAACCGGCACCACCGUGGCUCCAUUUACUGCAUAGCUUGGAGUGCCACUGGAGAUAUCAUCGCCACUGGUUCUAAUGACAAAAGUAUCAAGAUGAUGAAGUUUGAUGUGGAAACCUGCUCUGUGACCUGGCCAGGAUUGGAGCUAGCCAUUCAUAGUGGCACUGUCAGGGAUUUGGCAUUUGUCUCCAGGGCCAGUGGCACACCAGUGCUGGUGUCUGGUGGAGCAGGUACUGAUGAAGAUUCUAUAGAGAGGAGAAGUGUGAUGUAAUGUUACCAUGGUAGCAGAAUUUUUAGAUGACAACAAAAGAGAACUUAAGCAACGACGAUGGCAACGGCAACUAGAAUGUCCAAAAAGCAAUAGGUUUAGAUUGGCAAGACAACAACUUUGCAUGCACAUCAUGCUUUUUUGUACAUUUCUUAGCUGUCGUUGCUUGACUGCGACAUGAAGCCUCCUAAUUUCAUUCACCUGCUUUCUGGAGUAGGGGAACACAACACAAAAUUUUUCUUUCCCUUUUUGUAAACUUAGAUACUGUCCUUUGGGAUUCAACUCAGAAAUUUCGCCAACAUUUGACAAAUUAAAUGAAACUGAAUAAAAUCUAUGAAAUUUGAAACAGUGCAAAUUCGCUUUUUAAGUGACGUUUUCGGUUGGUUGUCAUCCAGAAAUUUUGCUACCAUGGCAUUGUGAUGUAAUGACUUCUCCUCACUAUUAGAGAAAUUUAUUAUACUUAGGCUGUGUAGCCAAUGUGGCUGCCAUUGGUGUAACAUGAAUUUGCUCCAGGCAAGCAAAAUGUUAGGGACAAAGUUAAGCUGCUUUUCAAUUUUUUUUAGUCCUGAAAAGGGUUGCUGCCUCAAUGGACUUAGUUUGCGUUCAUCAGGGUUGUCAGAAAGUUUUGAAGUAGACAACUGGCUUGUCAAAGUAAGCAGCCAGUCCAGGGAUAUUUUAUGUAAAAAACGCCAUCUGUAAAGAAAUGCCAAGCAAAGUAGCUGGGCGAUACUAACCAAGUAGGCAGUGAUUUUCGCCGGCACCUGGCUACUUUUGACAGCCCUGGUUAAGGUAACCUAUCACCAGAAAAGUAACGUUUUAAUGGUUGUAGAGCCUGUCUUUGAAAUGAGCAUUUCAUACUAAGGGCAUGUCAAACAUUUACUAACGUAGAGGGACAUUCACAGGUUCUCUCCUUCAAUUAUUAACAAUGAGUUUGUCAAAUACUUUAGGUGAUGGGAAUAUCUUGAUAUCUGACUGCAGCACUGGUCAGACAGUUGGACAACUCAAGGGCCACUCAGGGCAUAUCAUGUCUGUGUACGCUGACAGUGAUGAUAUUAUAGCCUCUGGAUCUGCAGAUAAUACUGUCAGGCUGUGGGAUCUGCGGUCACAGCGGUGUAUAGAUGCUAUUGCCACUGGAGAUAGUUGUGUGGCUUCAGUUUGUGUGAAUUCAUCUGGCAACAUGUUAGCUUCAGGUAAAUAUUAACUACUUACUAUGCAGCUUUGUAAGGUUAACCUGUGCUGUCGUAAUUAUGUCACAGAAUUUUUUUUUUUUUGCAGACAUUGUUUCUUGUUGCUAACUGUUAAUAUUAAUUGUCCUUGAUGUUACAUUUUGGCACAUUGUGUUAUGAUUAUCUGCUUACAUAUUAUUGUUGGAGGUCUUAGCAAUUUAGCCUGUCAAGAAAGAAGAGGUGAAUCUCACCAACCACUACUGUUUUUUUUUUACUUGCUGAGCUUACUAUGGAGUCUUUGUAGUUGUGGCUGAUAGUGUGUAAAGAUGUUGUCCAAUACCUUCAAAUAUUACAAAUUGGUGGUACAUAGCCCAUGGCACCUUACUUUUACACAUGGGUAGUUUUUUAGUAAACAUCAUUAUACCUGGGCACCCUGGAUUUGACAGGUUCAGAGCACUGGGCUCCCUUUAAUUUUUCUUAGAUAAGAGCCUUGUUGUAUAUGUGUGAUCGGAAGAAUAAUGCAAUUUGAAGCUAACUUCAGGGUGAAAUGAAAGCAAAAACCUGUAAACCCAUAAAGGGAAAGUUAUAACUUUAGUUUUCUUGCACAGAACUUUGGGUAUCCAAUACUGUAAGGUCAGCUUGUCCAAAACUUUGAUGACGAUUUAAAAGGUGACAAGCUUGGCUUGUGUACAGCUUGCAGCGAACUAUCCCCUUGGAUGGUUCCACAGCACUGCAUUGCGUCAUGUUUGUCACAGUCACACCCUGUUUAAAACAAACUAACCCUUGUAUCUAUUUGACAGGUCAUGAAGACGGUAGCUGCAUGAUAUAUGACAUUACAGCAGGACGAACCCUUCAACUUUUCACCCCACAUACAAUGGACUGCCGAUCAGUGCGUUUUUCACCAGAUAAUAACUUUCUUCUAACAGGAUCCUAUGACACUAGUAUUAUUAUGAUGGACAUCAGGAAAGACCUAGAACUUAACAUACCUCCUUACACAGUUGUUGCACAUCACAGGGACAAAGUGAUACAGUGCCGCUGGCAUCCAAGCCUUCUUGCAUUCUUAAGCUCCAGUGCUGAUAGAACUGUCAAUCUUUGGGUUCCUGAAUUCUGAAAAGUAAAAAUGACUUUGUUGGUAGUAGGAGGCUCAUUAUGUUACAUCAAUGUGACCAUAGUAAAAAUAAGAAGAAGAUGUAUUUUGUAAAGUAUUGAAAAAAAAAACAAAACCAACAAAAGUACUGCUGUCCAGAGAGGUUUAAUUUGAAUUUUAACACUGCAGCGUCCGAGUUUGUUCACGGACUUAAAUGUUAGAACUGCUGGUACGUUAUGCAGAUUUAGCAAAGAGAAGGCAACAACGGUGAUGACGGCAUUCACAAAUCUAAAAUUCAUUUGACGUUGUGUUGUAUGCUGACAUACAAGCUUACUGUUCACAUGUUAAAAAUGUAUUGUAAGAGGGCAUGUCUGUUGUCCUCUCAUCCACGACUCUUCUUUCAUUCAUUCAUUCAUUCAUUCAUUUAUUUAUCGACCUACUAUGUUAUCCUAUUUAUUAACUCCAGGAGUAAAAAAGGGACAUCCUUGGAGUUGGUGAUAAGGCUAAAUAUGGUACAUACUGUGAAAAGUUUGAACCCAGGAGUCAUUUCAAAAGUAGGCCGAGUAUGAUCGUCCAGGUGAACGUAGUCCUGAGUAGGACUGUUGUUGUUCAGAGUGGUGCAGACUGAUGUUUCAACAUAACCUGUGUUGUAGUCCUCUUCAGAGUCACUUCGACUCGUGAAAUACUAGAUAUGUGCAUCUGAGGACAAAAUGUCAGGGGGCCAAAUAAAAGGUUUUUCUGUUUUGAAGUGUAAAAAAUGAUAAGCUGCAAUAAAUACAGUAGUGAGCUGCAGAGCCCUUAGCCUGCGUAGCUGGUGGGAGAGUUACACACGUGGUACUUCCUUGGUUGCAGAGCUGUCACACGCACAGUAAAUUUGACUGGUUCACAAUUUUCUUAAUGCUCUGCUGCCAAACCAAUACAGUGCCAGCCUGCUAAUCCCAGCAGGUAUGCAGGCUAAGGAGAUUGUUGUCUACUGUUGUUGUCAUCAGAAAACAAGGCAUUUAUUACCAAGAGGAUAGGGUCAGAUCAAAGGCCCAUUUAUUUUGACAAGAUUUACACAGAUGUUGAUUUAUUUUUAUAAAAUUUCAGGGUUGUAAUCCCUGGUUACCAUUGUGGUUGGUGACUACCAAAUUGGUUUGGAACAAGAAAAUUAUUACUAAGAAUUUGCUGUUAAAAUAUUUUCAGAUUUUUCAUCCUCUCUCCACAUUUUUGAAGUUUAAUGUCUGGUUACUAGUUACACAAAGAAAGGUGGCAUAUUAGUUGCAUGUUGCAUUUUUCCUGCAAGUAUUGAACAAUUCAGAAUCUUCUGCAGUUGGUGACAUCAUUUUUUGUAUCAUUGUUUAAAUGAGAGUUCUUAUUGAUCAGAGAGAAAGAAUUAUCCUCUGUUCAAACAUUAUCGGCUUGUCAUACAACUAUUUUACAGCAUUUAGGCUCAUAGCUCAAGUUAAAAUUACAUCUGUCUG